AUGCCAGACUACUUGAAAAGAGCUAAAGAGCUCAUCUCCAAAAACGAUUUCCUUAUGGUUUCCAAGACUUGGUGUGGAGACUGUCAGUAUACUUACAGAAUUUGGGACAAAUAUCAUGUGAAAUCCAAAGUCCAUAUUAUCGAAUUGGAUAAGUUUGAGGACCAAGCAGAAGCUUCGAAAUUGGAAAGCGCUAUAACAGAACUUGCUGGACGUAAGUGGGUUCCUACUAUAUAUUUGAAGGGGCAAAGGUUCGACGAACAAGACUUGAAAAGGUGGGAAGCUGAAGGUAUCACUGAAAAUGAGUUCAAGAAGGUUGGUCUUUUGUAA